GACACAUCUUCGCUGUCACCGGUUCUGUGUCCUCGUGCAGACGUCGGCAUGUCACGGUAUGCAUUUUGCCGGUUUCAUCUUGUCAUUAGUUGUUUAUCUGUCACUCUGUGUCGAGGUGUCAGCCGUUAAACACGUUAAUCAGAUCAGCGAGACUCUUCUGUGCUAGCCAGGAAGCUAGCAGCUAAGUGGCUAACGUUAGCUAACAGCACCCUCAAGGUUGGUUAGUUAACAGAAAAGCAACGAUGCUGACUGGGUGUGAAGAGUUCUGGUCAUGGCUCUGAAGCUGAUCCAGAGAUUUCCGCUGCUCAGGCAGGUCGGGAUUCAACGCUACCUUCCUGUUGGACCUGUGUGCACCACCGGGCUCCUGAGGGCCAGCGGUGAACUGCCUGUAUGUGUAGCCUGCCUGUAUACCUCAGCUGGCGGCAGCAUCCAGAGACAGGGCUGCAAGAAGUUCCAGCUGGACUGCGGGACGAGGAACCUGACCAGCAUGGUUAAAGAGCCGUCCUUUGUGGCUAGCAGCUCUGUAGGACUCCACAGAGAUUCGGGACCUCGGUUCAGUCUGACCCAGCUGCACCGACCCACAGCUGCAGAGGAACAGGCUUUCCUGCAGCGUCUCGGGGGCUGCUCCUCCUCCCGGCAGGUCUUCACACUGCUGCGCACCGUGGGGAUCAUGUCUGACACCAUGGCUGCAGCAGCACUUCACCGUGUGGCCGACCUGGAGCAGGAGAGCGGCUCCCUGAAGGACCCUGCGGUGCUGGAGAAGGACACCAUCAGGGCUCUGUGCUUCCAGCUGGAGCAGGACUCUGUGCGCCUGACGGAUGCUGGACUGGUGUCAGCUCUCCUGGCCUGCACCCGCCUCUUCCUGGAUCCGUGGAGCACGCUGAUGGUGCGGCUGGUGUCCGAGAGCCAGGAGCGGCUGGACAGAGGGCAGAUGAAUGUAGGGCAGCUGUGCACCCUGGGCCGGGCAAUGCUGGCUCUGGAGGGUCCUGGCUGCGUGGUGCUGGAGCAGGUGAUGGAGCAAAUCCAGAAGCAGGAGCCGGCCCAGUGGAGCCUUGCGGAUCUCACCGCUGCCUAUGGAUUUCUGCAAGGUAACGUGGGUCAAGAUGGAAAACAUCGGGACCUGCUGAACGCCAUGCACUCCCACGCCGUGACCGCCACCUCCCGCAUGGAUCCUCCGGCUGUCAGCGGGCUGCUCAGCGCUCUCGUGACUCUGAACCAGACGCAGGCCAUGCCUCUCGUGAUCAAUCUGUGUAAACAGGCUGUACGGCACGUGCCUCACUUCACCGACGAAGAGCUCACCGUUGUGCUCGGGGCCUUGAUGCACUUCGGCCACAGUGAUCAUUACUUUGUGGAGGCGAUGGAGAGGUAUGUGCCCACAAUGACCUUCACAUCCCACCCAGAGACGGUCACCAAGUUGAUUCAGUUCUUCGGCCGGAGGAACAUCCUGUCCCCGACUGUAUUCGAUGCCGUUGCGGAGAGCUUCGUGUACCGAGCGGACGACUACAGCACCAGCCAGGUGGCCAGGCAGAUCAUGGCUUUCGGAAAGCUCGGCUACCUUCCUCCCAACGCUGGCGAGGUCUUCAGGAAAGUUGAAACCAUCCUGCGGACGCGCUUUUCACACUUCCAGCCCCGGACGCUGCUCAACCUCCUCCACUCCUGCACCCUGGUGGAGAGGUUCCCUGUUAACUUUGUCUCCAAAGUGUUCAGCAGUUACUUUCUACAGCAACUGCAACAUCAGGGCACAGGAUUGGACCGGACCAUCCUGGCACAGCUGACUCAGCUCUACAUGACUUUGAAGUUGGAGUGUCCUUUCUAUGAGGGUCCCAGGCUCCUUCCCAAGUACCGCGUCAAGUCCUUCCUCAUGUCUGGACGCUCUCUGGAGACGCCCGUGGACCCACAUCUGUACAACUCUGUGAAAAACGGACUGGUGGAUUUGCUCGGGGCUCGUUCAUACUUUGGAUCCAAAGUUCUGACGCCGUACUGCUACACGCUCGAUGUGGAGAUAAAACUUGAUGAGGAAGGAUAUGUUCUGCCUGCCAGUCAUGUUGACGAUGUAUACAAAAGGAUCGCUCUCUGUAUUGACGGACAGAAGAGGUUCACUACAAACACCAGGCAGCUACUUGGAAAAGAGGCCAUGAAGCAGCGACACCUGAGGCUUCUGGGAUAUGAAGUCGUUCAGAUUCCUCACUAUGAAUUUGAAAAGCUGCGGAAGAAAAGCAGUGUGGUGGAGUAUCUGCACCAAAGAAUCUUCCCUCACACGUACAGGCUGAGCUGGUGAUGAUGCUGUGGAUUACUUUAGUUGAGCCCCAACUUGCUUCAAGAAAUCCGUAUUUAUUUUUUCAAUUAAGUGUACAUACAAAUAAAUAAUGCCUUUUUAAGUUAUUGAUUUUUGCAUUUCUACAUAUUCAACUUGGCAAUAAAAGUGAAUUUUGUAUAAAUUA